AUGUUCUCACGAAGUGUACUAAGAACGGCUACCCGAGCUGGCGCGACCCCAGCUCGAGCUGUACCACAGCUUGCCAAAGCUCCGCUCGGUCGGCGAUUCGUCUCUGUCUACGGCUACACACAAGCCAAGGCUCUCAUUUACUCCAAAUAUGGCGAGCCCAAGGAUGUCUUGCGCCUGCACAAGCACUCAAUUUCUGCACCGCACGCAACCCAGGUGAAUUUGCGCCUGUUGACUGCGCCGAUGAACCCGGCCGACGUGAACCAGAUCCAAGGAGUCUACCCCAGCAAACCUCCUUUCCAGACCGCGCUAGGAAACACCGAGCCCGCCGCAGUUGGCGGUAACGAAGGCGCGUUCGAGGUGGAGUCCGUCGGUGCAGGCGUAAAGAACCUCAGCAAAGGCGACUGGGUCAUUAUGAAGCGCACAGGCCGGGGUACCUGGCGUACUCACGCGCAGAUGGAAGAGUCCCAAUUGAUCAAAAUUGAGAACAAGGAGGGCUUGACGCCGCUGCAGGUGGGCACUGUCAGUGUCAACCCCGUUACUGCAUACCGUAUGCUCCGCGAUUUCUGUGAAUGGGACUGGAUGCGCGCCGGUGAGGAAUGGGUGAUUCAGAACGGCGCCAACAGUGGUGUCGGCCGAGCUGCUAUUCAGCUGGGACGUGAGUGGGGUAUCAAGACCCUCAAUGUCAUCCGUCAGCGUAAGACGCCUGAGGAGACCGAGGCUCUGAAGAAGGAACUUAAAGACCUAGGAGCUACGGUCGUCAUCACCGAGGAGGAGAUGCUUACCGGCAACUUCCGGGAUAUGGUUCACGAGUUCACCCGUCAGGGCCGGGAACCCAUUCGUCUGGCGUUGAACUGCGUCGGUGGAAAGAACGCCACUGCCAUGGCAAAGACUCUGGCUCCCGAUUCGCACAUGGUGACCUACGGAGCCAUGUCCAAGCAGCCUGUUGCGCUGCCCUCGGGACUGUUGAUCUUUAAGAACCUCUCGUUCGACGGAUUCUGGGUCAGCAGAUGGGGUGACAAGAACCCAGAGCAGAAAGAAAGCACCAUCAAGGAUGUGCUUCAGAUGACUCGCUCUGGCAAGUUCAAGGAUAUCCCUGUGGAGAACGUUGAGUGGAACUGGGAGUCCGAGGGCCCCGCGUUGGCAGAGAGUGUACAAGGCACUUUGGGCGGCUACCGCAGUGGGAAGGGUGUGUUCACCUUCACUGGUACUGACUAG